AUGGUUGAUGAAGGCCAAAAACCCCAUGCAAUACUAGUAAGCUACCCUCUCCAAGGCCACGUCAACCCGUCCGUACACCUGGCCAUCCACCUAGCUUCUAGAGGCUUCACCAUCACCUUCAUCAACACCCAAUCCAUCUACCGCCGCAUCGCCGCCGCCUCCUCCUCCUCCUCCGGCGACAUCUUCGCCGGAGUCCGCCGCUCGUCCGGGCUCGACAUCCGGUACGCCACCGUGUCGGACGGGCUUCCGGUCGGGCUCGACCGUGCCCUCCACGCGGAGCAGUUCGACUCGGCCCUCUUGCACAAGCUGUCGGCCCACGUGGAGGAGGCUGUCGAGAGGAUCGUGAGGGACUCGAAACCGAGCGUCACUUGCUUGAUUGCCGACACGUAUUUCGUGUGGCCCGGGAAGUUAGCCAAGAGAUACGGGCUAUCGUACGUCUCGUUUUGGACGGAGGCUGCUUUGGUUUUCACUUUGUAUUACCACAUGGACUUGUUGAGGUUAAAUGGCCACUUUGGUUCUCUUGACAAGCGAGACGACGAGAUCAACUACAUACCAGGAGUCCAAUCCAUCAAACCAAAGGACUUGACUUCCUUCCUCAAACAAGCGGACACGACAACACUCAACCACCAAAUCAUAAACCGAGCAUUCGAGGACGUAAGAACAGCAGAACUCGUCCUAUGCAACACCGUCCAAGAGCUCGAGCCCGAAACAAUCUCAACUCUAAACCAAAAAAUCCCCUUCUUAGCCAUCGGUCCCAUCCUCUCCGACACCGACAUAUCCACCAGCCUCUGGCCCGAGUCCGACUGCACCAACUGGCUCGACUUUCGGCCCCGUGGCUCGGUCCUGUACGUCUCGUUCGGCAGCUACGCGCACAUUGACAAGAAUGACCUAACGGAGAUAGCUCGCGGCCUUCUCCUUAGCAACGUCGACUUCUUGUGGGCCCUGAGGCCCGGCAUUGUGGGCCCGUACGAGGGAAGCCCGCUUCCGGAGGAAGCCCGAGGAGGCCGCCACGGGCUGGUGGUGGAGUGGUGCUGCCAGAGGCGAGUGCUGGCCCACGAGGCGGUUGGGGGUUUUCUGACGCACUGCGGAUGGAACUCGGUGCUCGAGAGCAUUUGGCACCGAGUGCCGAUGCUGUGCUUCCCUCUGUACACGGACCAGUUCACGAACCGAAAGCUAGUGGUGGACGAUUGGGAGAUCGGGAUCAAUUUAUGUGAUAAAGAGAGGGUAGACAGGUUUGAAGUUGCCGAGAAUCUCGGAAAACUGAUGAAUGAGUUUAGACUUAGAGUUGGUGAAAUCGGGAAAGUGAAGCGUGUGCUCGAGAAGGCCUUAGCGGACGGUGGAUCGUCCGAGAAAAAUAUGGGCGUGUUCAUUAAGAAAAUGCAAGAUAAGACGUGCAAGAAAUGA